CUUCACAAUUUUGACAACAUUUUUCACAACGCCGAUGAUAAUUUGAGUAGGUAAUUAAUUUUCAGUAAUUUCUAGGUAUAACUUGGCACUUGGAAACUUUUUACGAGACUUUACACUUCAAAGUCGAAGCUCAAAUCCAAUAUAGAUAGAUAUUUCAGUUUCAUUUCAGUUUCAUCAACUUUUGGAGGUCAUCGUCGGUUACGAUCAUCGGUAGGGUACGGUUUGGUUCUUGCCAGUUCCGGCGAGUUCAUAAAAAAUGCUAAUUUGAAAACAAUGCUGAUAUGCUAUCAGUACAUUUCGUAGAAUCAGUAGUCAAGUCAUAGGUGGUCAGUAGUCAACGUGGUUUCGGUCAGUUCAAUGUAGUGUAGUGUAGCUUUAAGAAUGUGUUACAAGUGUCAAACAAUCGAUAAUUAUGAUUAUUCAUAAAUUACUCAUCUAUUGAUCACUCUCACCCCAUCGUAAUUAUUUUUCGUAAUCAGUUCGACAACCAACGUAUUCGAUUCCAUCCUGUAAAACUCAUCAGAGUUGAAAUAAUACCUCUAUAAGUAAGAAAUGUUACGACUGUAACGAUUCAACAUUUUUAAAUCGUAAAUUCACGCGAAAAUAUUUCAAAAUGAUUCGCGUUAUUGCUAUAUUGAAAGACCCUUCUAUCGUGGCCAAAAUCCAGAACUGCUUCGGUGUUUCCUAUCUAAAAGAUACGCUCAACAUUAAAACAGCCAACGAAAAUGAGCAUCGUAGUCAAGAACAGCCGAUCAUGUUGCGGAAGAAGAGUAAUAAAAAUCUAACCGAAUUAGACGAUGACAAAGAAACGGUCGAAUUAACGUACAAACCGAAUAAUGGAUCUUUAACGCUGGAAGAACCCGUUUCAAGAACAGAAUCCAGCAAUAAGAAUUCGCCGGAAACGAAAGAAACUAGAAGUUACGAAGUGAAAUAUAAAUCCUGGUAUUUUAUUUUCCUAUUCGGAACAUAUCUGGGAGAUCAUAUCGGAUAUGCUAUAUUUUUACCAUUUUGGUUUUGGAAUAUCGAUGCACAAAUCGCUAGGAAAAUUGUACUAGUUUGGACUUUGGUAAUGUAUAUAGGGCAAGUUAGUAAAGAUAUUAUUCAAUGGCCUAGGCCGGCCUGUCCUCCAGUCAUUCGUUUACAGAAGAAAUGGUCAUUGGAGUACGGUAUGCCUUCGACUCAUGCAAUGGUCGGCGUUGCCUUACCGUCGAGCGUUUUGUAUUAUACAUCACAUCGUUAUAAGUUUCCAGUCGAAAUUGGUGUUUCCUUGGCGCUGUUAUUUUGCAUUUUGAUCUCAUUAAGUCGGCUAUAUUUGGGAAUGCAUAGUUUGCUGGACAUUCUCGCCGGGCUUUUGUUUUCUUCAUUAUUGGUGCUUCCAUUUUUACCUCUAGUUGAUUAUACCGAUAAGCUAAUAGAACACGACUGGUUUUUGUUUAUAAUAAUCGCCAUAAGUGUGAUUUUAAUCGCCACAUAUCCCAGCGGAAAAACAUGGACUCCUACGCGAGGCGAUACGACUACUAUUCUUUCUACGUGUGUGGGCAUCCAAACAGCUGCAUGGUUGCAUUAUAAAGUAAACUGGGUAGAACGACCACCUUUUGAUCCUCCUUUUGCGUUCGAUUUACCUCCGUUGAAUGAAAUAGGUUAUGUUGCAAUACGUACGCUACUUGGAUACUUAGGCAUCGUCGUAGUGCUUUUAUUUUUCGAUGUUUUGAAUAAAAUUUUCGAUUGGGUGUUAACUAGAAUGAGAGUCAAAGUCAAAGAUGUAAAUACGAAUCGACGUCUUGCACAUAUCGAUUUGAUUUAUAAGUACUUAACAUACUCGACUACUUCGUUUAAUAUUGUGUUUGUGUUUCCGUACAUUUUUCAAUGUUUGAAUAUCAAUCGAACAAACUAUUAUUGGGAAUAGUUACCUACCUCACACUUGUUCUAUUGCAGCAUUUCAAAUCGCUGUGGUGAUUUUUUUUGUUAUCAUUUUGUAUGAGUUUUUACCAGAAGAUAAUUUUUUCGCUGUGUUCAAAGAUACGUAAUUUCCAAUAGAAUCGAUCUCGGUGGUCCCAGGUCUCUUGAUUAAUUGUUUUGUUUUGUAUACGUAUACGUAUGUCUACAGUAAUGGAAAAUGGUCGCUUAAGAAGUAUUCUUUUGUCGUUAAGAAAAAUAUAUAAGACUGUUUUUUAAACUUUUUUCACAAAGUUUUCGUUUUUAAUAAUUAUUUUAUAGCGAUUGUUACUUUUUACGUAUUUUAAUAAUCGUUCGAUACGUUUUUUGGAAAAAGAUCGUGUAAUAAUGGUUUGUGUAGUACGAUAUUGGCAGUCAUUUUCAUUUCACAAUAACUUUCAAAGGGAAGAAAAUCAAAUAAACAGGUUCACAAUUUGUA